CUGCGAGUUGACAGCUAAGAGUAUUUAUGACAACAAAGAUAAUAAGUAAAUUGAGGGUGGAUGUUGCAAUAUUAUCUUCGAUUUGUUUAAUUGUCAUACAUUCCUGACGUGAUUAUGUUCUAGUCUAAAUACUUUUGAGGAUAGUUGUUCGAUCAAAAUGGCAUGUACUUCGUGCACAAAGCGCUACGGAUUUUUCUGUAAAGAGGUUGGUUGUCCAAAUUGUGGGUAUUCCUUUUGCACUAAAUGCCUAAAAAAGGAGGCCGAGGUACUGCGAUGUGGUGGUGCAAAACUGAAGGUGUGUUUGCGUUGUUUUGACAAAAUCGAAAAGGACAAGCUUCUUCAACAGAAUGCUCCAGUGAAAACAGCUUCCGAUGUCCUAAAAGUUGAUGAUCCUAAUCAAAGCCUUGCGGCUCCUCUAGAGCCAAUACAUUUAGCGAAGGAAGUGAAACCUCCAGAAGAUGAUAAUGAGGAUGAUGACGAAGAAGAUAAUGAAUUAGCUGACAAUUUAGACUACAUUAUAUCGAAAAAAUUGAAUAAACUAAAAGAGUCUGAAGAUGAAAAAAAAGCUUUGCCUGGCGAUAGCGAAUUAGCUGCACGUCUAUCCAAUUUGAAGGGGAUACCGCACAAAGAGUAUUCAAACAAGGAUAUUUUGCUGUCAACUGAUACGCGCACUGAUAAAGAGAAAAUCGAUGACCUUUUGAAACAAUUUGUAGAAGAGCGGGGCAUUGACGAUCAAGCUGGAACAGCCCUUGAUCCAAUUGCUGAUAUUGAACGGCGCCUUGCUUUGCUGAAGGGGGAUCCUAUACCUAGUCAAGGUAGCCAAGCAGGAACCUCCAAACGUGUCAAUAUUCCCGAGGAAAAAGAAGAGGACGAAGACGUUACUGUUAAAAAGGUUCUAGAUCAGUUUUUGGAAGAAGCCAAACUGCCAGAUGCACUGUUGUCGCGGGAAGAAAAGGAACUCAUCAGUGGCUUACCGCCGCCAAGUAAAGAUACUGAGGAGCUGCCCUGGUGCACAAUUUGCAAUGAAGACGCAACUAUUCGAUGCCUCGGAUGUGAUGGUGAUUUAUUUUGUGCGCAAUGCUUUCGGGAGUGUCAUGAUGAUGAGGAUUUUCGAGAACAUAAGAGCCAACCGUAUCAAAAGCCUUCAAAUUUCAAAGAGAAUCAUUUUUAAAUCACAUAAAAUGUAUGGUCGUGUCGUCCCGUUUUAUAUUUCAAUUAUUACAGUGAUAUUUCUUGUUAAAUCGGACUUGCAAGCUAUAUAAUAUAUUUUGUUUUUUAAGAAACAUAA